AAGGUGUGGGAAGGGGGAGCCGCAGUGUGGUCCGAGUGGUCGAGCAGGCAGUGCAGAGUCUGAGGUUAUAUUUCUGUGGCUGAAUGUUUUCCGAGCCUGCCACAUUUAGGUUGAGCUCUGUUUGGUCGGUAGCGAUUCGCGACACGGUGGCUGAAGUCAGGCUUUCUCGCGCUCACCCAGCUUACACUUGAGUUCUUCCUGUAUUUGUAUUGCGUCCUCCUUUGUCUUCUUCUGCCAUGUUGCCCAACCAGCAAGUCACAUUACGCCCUGUGAAAGGGGAGCCAUCCCAUCUCAGCAAGGCGGCCCGUCAGGUUGUCCCACCUUUCCCUCAGAAACUCUACGAGAUCGUUAGUGAUCCCAAAAAUGAGGAGCUGAUCCGCUGGUCAGAGAACGGGGAUUCGUUCUAUGUUCUCAACCACGAACGACUUGCCCGUGAGGUCCUGGGGCGAUGGUUCAAACAUGAAAGGUUUACGUCAUUCGGUGUGUUGAAGAGCGGUACCGAUACCGAGUCGUGGAACUUCGAACACCCCCAUUUCCAGCGCGGCCAGCCCGACCUUCUUUGCUUGAUACAGCGGAAACAGCCUUCCAACAACAAUACCGAUGAUGCUGAUCUCGAUGGCGGCAACGCGUCUACCUCCCUCAGCGGCUCUGCCGCGCGGGGCCUGGAUAUCAAAUCCAUCCUCAACGGUAUCGCCGCUAUCAAGCGUCACCAGCAAGCUAUCUCCGCCGAUCUUGCUGCGCUGAAGAAGUCGAACGAUCUCUUAUGGGAGGAAGCGACAUUGACUCGUCAGAGACAUGAUAAGCAGGAGGACAUUAUCAAUCGUAUUCUCAAAUUCUUGGCUGGCGUAUUUGGACACACCACCGAACCGUUAGGCAAAAACGACGAUGGUCGCUCUCCAGGCGUUGGCCCGCGCGCUCGACAGAGGCUUAUGAUCAGUGACGGCAGGUCGUCCAAGGGAAAGACCGUGGAAAUUGUUGACGCUGAUGACGAGGAUGACGGGAAUGUCGCUCACACAGUGCACCCGCGAGAGGGUACUGAUAUCCCCCUUGCUGGUGAGUUACCACUUGACAUUUUGCAACGCACAAUGUACGAACCCCACCGUCUCGCAGGCCAAAUUGCUCCUGUCGAAACACCCCCACUGUCGUCGACGCCUUCCUCUGCACCUUCCUCUGCGCCCUCAGAGGCGCUUUCGCCGAUGCCCGUCAGCUCAGCUACCAACUCGGCCACAUCAAGCCAUACGGCGCGUCCAACGCGGCCCACUGCGGUAUUAUCAAGGACAAGCACAGGCAACAACUCUAACCACGGUUCGGCGACAGAAGCGCCUCCGCGCACUGCUCCUGCCGCUACCGUGUCUCCGGGCGAGACUACUCUCUCGCCGUCCGCUUUGAGCUCGAUCGCCGCAAACGCGAGUGCCUCGAGCCACUCGGAGAAUGUGUGGCAGGCAGCCGUCCAACAAGUGCUGAGCAACCCUGCACAAAUGCAGUGUCUCAUACAGGCGCUUGCUGCACAGCCAAGCUUUCCCAUGGCGCCUCAGGCCGACCCCGGGCACGUCGUCCAUCAGGAUGGCAUGACCCAGUUGUCACACUACAAUCCGACCUAUGCCGACUACAACCGCUUGCGCCCUGAGCUGCCUGUCUCCGCACCUGUGCCACAAUCUUCUUUGCCCAUGCUAAACACAUCCAUGUCGGGCGGAGAUGAUGCAUCUUCGCUGGAACCGCCGUUCGACAACGCUUCGCGCCUGCAGAGGACGUAUCGUGACGCGAUGGAGAUCGAGGCGGACAUGGAUUUGCUGCAAAACAACUUGCAAAGUCUCAUUCAUGAUUUGGGAAUGGAUCCGCAGGCUCUCACGGCGCAGUCGCAUGACAAUCGCAUGGGAUCAUCGGCGAACGGAGUAGUCAAUGGUCAUGGGCAGCCAAGUGGAGCUUACACAACCCCCGUGCCGAACGGAAUCCAACCGGGCGUGUUGCAUCCCGAUGCAUCACUUGCGUCCACCCUCGACGGGCAUUAUGAAGAUCCCUCUUCAGACCUAUUUCUGGAUUCGUUUCUGAACAGCACCAAUGCAGAGCUGGGUUAUCCUGACGUAAUUGACCACUUCGAUCCCUCCACACGCAUCGACGGGACUCCCGUUGCAAAUGCGUCGACGGACCAGCUCACUGCUUUCCCCGACGAGGUCUUUGACACUGCUUCCAUGCAAACAAACAACUCCGACGCCCGUUCUCUACCGCAAAAGCGGAAGGCAGAUGACGCCGGCCAGUCCUUAACCCCUGCUACUCCACACGAUUCUUCUGCGGACAGCCGGAAGACCAAGCGCAAGCGAUAAAUAUAUCCGUAUGUAAUUAGACCUGUACUAGUAGUGUCAACGCCCAAGUGUAUCCUAUGACUACUGAGCAGGGCAGAAAAUAAUGCUGAUACACGGGCGCAUUAUGCACUUCCUGUUACUCUAUCUUUCAUGGAGGUGCAGAGGAAGUGAUGAUGGUAGACGGAGCAAUUGGUGGGGGCGGGCCUGGUGUAGGUAGAGGAUUUCCUUCCGAAUCAACUAAAUCUGCACUGAAGGACGACAGAAUAAGUUCUGUCUUGCGGGGAACGGAGAACGUAGAUAUCU